ACCUCCCCCCCCCCCCGUCCCUGUCAGGCUGUCAGGCGCCCCCCUCACGCCCACCCGCGCCUGCCGGACGGCAGCCAGGAAGCAGCAGGCGGGCAGGGCAGGGCAGGGCAGGCCGGGGGGCGUGCGGGGGUCUCUUCGGCGGCGGCGCCCUCCUCCUCCUCCUCCCUCGCCCGGCCUCUUCGGGGCCCCCCGCCCCCCCGCCCGGCGGGCUUUUGGCGUUUUUGAAUCCUGGGCGCUUUUCUCCCCCGGCCCCCGCCGCGGUGUUUCCGCUCCGGGCUCAGUUCAUUCUGCCGCGCAGCCUCCUUGGCCACCCGUCUGCUCACUCGGGGCUGCUGCAUCUCGCUGUCCUUUAAAAAAGACACACACACCCCCCCCCCCCGCCGCCGGUGCGCCCCGUUCCUUUUAGUCCCCCCCCCCCCUUCUUAUUCUGCGUCUCGCAGUUCAUUCCCUUCACGUUUCUGUUCUGUCCCCUUUAAGACUUCGCUUCUGGCUGUGUUGCUCCCUUCACAGUUGAUGCAUCUCUCGUUCACUUUCUUGUUGUCUCCUAGCUUUUAACUCCCUGAUUCCCCACUUGUUCGUCUCCUUAUUCUUCUGCCUGCCCUUGUAUUUAUUUCUGAAUGUUGUUUAAUAAGUGAGGGGAAACACCUUCAGUUUUCUUCCAGUCUCUUUUUAGAAUACUUUUAACCAACUAUACACUGGUUCUCUUUUUGUCCCUGUUUCUGUGCUCUCCUUUACCUCUUCUUACUCCUGUCAAAUAACUAUUAAAAAUUUAGAUUCUUGGUUUUAUUUUCUCAUCUAUUCUUAUGCACACACAGCUAUACCUGCCUUUAGUUCUUUUUUUAGAAAAACCUCUUGCAUCCAGAAGCACUCAAUCUAAUUUCAGUAGUUUUAAAACUUGUCGUGCUUUUCAUAGUCUAAUUAGAUUGUAUUUCUUUUUCUUUUAUUUUUAAUGUUUCCUCUUCCUUAAGUUUUCCUUUCUAUUUUGUUUCCAUAUUCUUUGCAUGCACUUUCUUGUUCAUUUUUCUUCUCAUUUCUUUGUUUCUCAGCUCUCCCUUAAACAGCAGAAAAGUCUUCCAUCUUUCUCCUGUAGCUCUACCACUUUUAUUCUUUCCCUGGAUCUACAAUUUCGUUUCUGUUUUCUUUCCCUGUCAAGUUUUUCUUUAUUAUAUUCUUCUCUUAUAACUUUUUGUAGUCUUUCUAACCCCUCCCAUCUUAAUAAUCUAUUCUUUUUUCAUGUUUCCUAAUUCUCUGGUUUCACUUGUUAUCCUAAACUUUCAAUUUUCCCCCAUCUUAACAUUCCCCAAACUUCCUUCAUAACUGCUUUUGCCUUCCUUGUACGAGUUGUCAGCCUAGGUUACUCUUCCUUUCCUGUUCUCAUUUUGGUUGCUGUUCAUUCUUUCCCCGCACUGUCUUUUUCUUUGUCCUAUUUGGUACUCAUUUUCAUUCCCCAUUACUUCAGAACUUGAUUUUAUUUAGCCACUCUUCUGUUGGCUCUGUUGCAAAUUACUAGCAUCCAUCCAAAUUAAGGUGGAUAGAUGUCUGCACAGGGAAGACAGGAGCAGAGUUGUAGAAGCCCUUGAGGGAUCUUCCUACAUAUUUGGAAGAGAUAAAUUAAAAGGAUGUGGGAAUGGAAGGGGUGGGCUUGUCAGCAAUCCUAACACUUCCUAGGCGGGUGAAUUCACACCUUUUUUUGGGGUGGAGGUGGAUCGACAAACUUCAAGACUGGCACCGAAGAAGCAGAACAAGGAUGGCGUUUUAAUACCCACAACAUUGGCCAUCUUGGGGGGAAGGGGGUUAUUGCAUGCUCACGCACACGCACACAAAAGCCUCCCAUUUUUCUUGACUUGAUGAAGACAUAAAGGCCUGCUGAGUGCCCAUGUUUUUUGAAGGCGGGCAACUUGCUUGUGACAGUAUAGCAGACUCCAUUUUCUGUGGCCAAAUGACAGGUUGACCCAGUUGUUACUCCAAUCAGAGGGCAUCAUUUUGAAAGUCUCUUUGUAGUGCCACAGCCAACGUAAAAAUGAUGGCGGCUUACAAUGGCGGUACAUCUGCGGCAGCAGCAGGCCACCACCACCACCAUCACCAUCACCUUUCUCACCUGCCCCCUCCUCACCUCCAUCACCACCACCACUCUCAGCACCACCUGCACCCAGGCUCUGUGGCUGCAGUGCAUCCUGUGCAGCAACAUGCUUCUUCGGCGGCGGCAGCAGCAGCAGCGGCGGCAGCUGCAGCAGCAAUGUUAAACCCAGGGCAGCAGCAGCCAUAUUUUCCAUCUCCGGCACCGGGUCAGGCCCCUGGACCAGCAGCAGCAGCAGCCCCAGCUCAGGUACAAGCUGCUGCAGCUGCAGCAGUAAAAGCUCACCAUCAUCAGCACUCGCAUAAUCCUCAGCAGCAACUGGAUAUUGAACCAGACAGGCCUAUUGGAUAUGGUGCCUUUGGUGUUGUCUGGUCAGUAACAGAUCCACGAGAUGGAAAGAGAGUUGCACUCAAAAAGAUGCCCAACGUCUUCCAAAACCUGGUCUCUUGCAAAAGGGUCUUCCGUGAAUUGAAGAUGUUGUGUUUUUUCAAGCAUGACAAUGUACUCUCUGCUCUCGACAUACUCCAACCGCCACACAUUGACUACUUUGAAGAAAUAUACGUCGUCACAGAGUUGAUGCAAAGCGACCUUCAUAAGAUUAUCGUCUCUCCUCAGCCUCUCAGCUCAGAUCAUGUCAAAGUGUUCCUUUACCAGAUUUUAAGAGGUCUGAAAUACCUACAUUCAGCGGGUAUUUUGCAUCGAGACAUCAAACCAGGGAACCUGCUUGUGAACAGCAACUGUGUUCUCAAGAUUUGUGAUUUUGGAUUGGCCAGGGUGGAAGAAUUAGAUGAAUCUCGUCACAUGACUCAGGAAGUUGUCACUCAGUAUUAUCGGGCUCCGGAAAUCCUGAUGGGCAGCCGUCACUAUAGCAGUGCUAUUGACAUCUGGUCGGUUGGCUGCAUAUUUGCAGAACUGCUGGGACGAAGAAUCCUGUUUCAAGCGCAGAGUCCUAUUCAGCAGUUGGAUUUGAUCACAGAUCUGUUGGGAACACCAUCGCUGGAAGCAAUGAGAACGGCUUGUGAAGGCGCCAAGGCACACAUACUCAGGGGUCCUCAUAAACAGCCAUCCCUCCCUGUCCUGUAUACAUUAUCUAGCCAAGCUACACAUGAAGCUGUUCAUCUCCUCUGUAGGAUGUUGGUCUUUGAUCCAUCAAAAAGAAUAUCCGCUAAGGAUGCCUUGGCUCAUCCAUAUCUUGACGAAGGGCGUUUGCGAUAUCACACCUGUAUGUGUAAAUGUUGUUUUUCCACUUCAACUGGAAGAGUUUACACGAGUGAUUUUGAACCCAUCACGAAUCCCAAAUUUGAUGAUACUUUUGAAAAGAACCUCAGUUCAGUUCGGCAAGUUAAAGAAGCUGCUUCACCAUGGUAAUGAGAGAACGGUCAA